AUGCCAGUUGUAAUUUGGGUUUCUCGAGACAAGGGCGGUCAACCUGGUCAAGCUGGCAUGAUGGCCAUUAAUCGCCCCAAGGUCGCCCUUCUGCUCCUCCUCGCGCUCGCUACGACGACCAACUUCAACCCUGGCCUCCUCGUCGAUGCGCAGGGCCUGAGCGCCUCGCAAGCCGCGUACAUCGCUUCCAAGGCUAAGACGCUUCGCGCGCAGGCCAAUCAGGCGAAGGAUGUCCUGGAUAAGGCACAGGCGGUGCUCGAUGCGCGCCUGGAGGAAGAGCGCGACGCGGCGAAGAAAUCCGCGGACGCGGACGCGGAGGCGGACGCCGCCAUGGCGGACUUGAACGGGAAGAAGGCGGCGCUGGAGCGCGCGAAGCAGGAGCAGGAGGUGGUACGCCAGGCGACUAUCCAGGCGAAGCAGACGACGAAAGAAGAGCGCGAAUACUACGAUGAGCUUGAUCAGCAAGCCCAAGAAGCUCUCUUCGACGAGGCGGAAGCGGCGAAAGACAUAGUCGAUGCUCAAAAUCGACUGGAAACAACCAAAAUGAUCAUGAAUGAGCAAACGAAGAUCGCCGCGGAGGCGCUUGCCGAAGCUAACUCCGCGGCUCGGAGCGCGGCGAAGCUCGGCACUCCCGAGGCAAAGGCGUAUCAGCUGGAAGCGUAUAACAUCAAGUUGCAAUCGGAUCGAAUCUUAGUGGCGGUUCAGAAGCAGGCGGCAAACGCGGACUAUCGAGUUCAGUCGCGUACGACGGAGCACGGAAGCAAGGUUCAGGACAAAGGCGAGACGCGAAGGGCCGCGGACGAGCAGAAAGCGAUAAAGGAGAAAGCGGAGAAGGACGAGAAAGACUCGUUCGCGAUGUACCAGCAGAAGAUUGCCAGCACCAAGGCGGCGGACGCGGACGUGAAGGCGUCGAAUGCGAUUGCGCAGCAGAAGCUGGCGGUGCAGCGCAGCGCCAAGGCGGUGCUUAAUUCCAAGGCGGCGGUGCGCGCGAGCCAGGAGAGAACCGUGGGGGCGCUGACGACCAGGUUCAAUACGUUCAAGGCAAACGCGGAUAAUGCGGAGGCGGAUGCUAAUAAACGAGGCGUGAAGUUCAAUGACUAA